AUAAUGUCGGGAACAAAAGUUCCCUCUUUACCGAAGGGCAAAGAAAAACCGUGUGUGGUUACUUUUGCCACACAAAGUGAUCGAUCUAACGAACCGCCACCACAACCGAGAGUAAGGAAAGUGACAACAAUCAUCAAUACAUUAGGAGUUGUCGUUCGAAACACAACAACAGAAAUUGGAGUUUGGGUGUUCACUUCCUGUGUAGAAGUCUCUUUUCCAAGAUCAAAUUCACCGAUAUUCUCAAAUUUCACAUUGGGCACUUGGAUGAUUGUUGGUUUAUAUCCUGACGCGACGGUUGCUUCAUGUUCACCAUGGCCUUUGAUUCUCAAAGCUUACGAGAUGAGUGUAUCAUAUGGAACUGUAUUUAUGAAACGAAAGGCUUCAGAACUUUGUCAUGAAAAGACGGUUUUGUAUAGUGAAGUGGUCGUCCCGCUUGUGAAUCCAUAUAGCAACAUGUCAUAUUUCGAACGCGAUCCUCAUCUCACGGCGGAGCUGUACAUGAUUCCUGGAUUUGGCCGUGUGCUCGGAUCCAGCGCUUAUCGGCAGUACUUAGAGGACAAUAGAGAUAACGUUUCCUUCAUAGUUCAGUAUUGUGGAGGAUCAUUACGCGGUUGCAGUUGGAUAAUGUCGGUGGUUGAUGGAAAAGCUCAGACCGAUGGCGAGUUCAGUGACAAAGAUCUCAGAGAAAUUGCUGAGUUCAUUCGUGAAAGACACAACAAAGAGAAUGAAUCACCCCCUUUGCCGUCUAACUCUAUCGCUCGUCACGCCGGAUUCGUAACAGAAGUGUUCCCACAAAAAAAUUAUCUUUAUUGUUGGUCACCACAGGUUUCCUUGGAAGCAGAUCAUACGGCGAAAUUUCCGCAGCCACCAAAACAUAGAGAAGUAGACAGUCCAAUGUUGUCUCCGCUAGUAGGCCAAUGGAUCCAAUUUGAUGUGCAGUCAAAAGAUUUGGAUAAGUAUAUGAGCACGAGAUCUGGAUAUCGAUUGAGCAUUCAAGAAUAUUUACCCAUCAACAGUCCGUGUGGCGUCGGUGUUGUUCAAUGUGGUAAAAUUGUUCGAGUCAUGAUUUCAUGUAUUUUGGUGAAAAGCACCGAUCAUCCGAUGUUGUUCGAAUUACAAAUGUUUGGACCUGUCAUCGAUAAAAAAUCGUCUUUAAUUUCGGGAGCGUUCAUGCAGAUAGUCCUGGAGAAGACAUCAUCGAGAAUCCGUAGAAUGAGUGGAGUUUGCUGGAGAGUAAUCUAUUCGCUCAUUGUGAGCGGCGCUGAAAAUAUGGUGGAAAAUUCGCAGAGCGUGCGAAUCGAGGCAAUUUCCCAACGAGACGCCAUGGAGACUUCUCACAUCAUUCCUAUAGAAAAGCCCUCUAAUUCAGGAACUAUUACAAACAAUACUGGAGUGACUACAUUGAAGUAUCAACAGCCCCAUCAAAAUCCCCAUUAUCAGGAGCAGCGUCGAGAUUAUUACAUGGGAAACAACAUUCAAAUUCAAACAGCAUAUAAUUCCACACAACUUCGGAAGUACCAACCGAAACCGAAGAAAUUCUCGUCAUAUACCGGAGAAUCAUUGGAAGGUCAUGCGCUCGUCGAAAAGAUUAUGGCUCAUGCGAAAACCGGAAUCUUAUGGUUCUUUGAUAAUUAUAACUCCAGUGUUCACUUCAUUUUCGAUGAUUUUGAGUUGAAUGUUGGUGACUAUGCGUAUGUGAAGCUGAUCCAGAAGAAAGAGGAAACGGCUCAUCUGCAAUUUCGAUGGAAAUGGAUAUCUGGAACAAAGAAACUUUCACCAUUCAAUUGUCGCAUCGAUCUGUUUCAGUUGUUUAUAGAGGAACAAGUGUCUUACAAAUCAAAGGACAUGUUAAACAGAAACACAUACACUUCCAAAAACUUUCCGAUAAUUUUCGAUGCUGAUGGAAUUAUCAAAAAUCCCAUUCCAGGAGCCAUAUAUUGUGUGGUUAUUCUUCGAAAGAAAAUUCAAGUGACGCAAACGGAAAGCCCGACUCACAAAUAUCAAUGGAUUAUUGAUUCUGCUCAGAGCAAUCCGUUUAUUAUAACGGAAUACUACAAUCCUCACAAUGCUUUCAACAGAUCGUUCAUAGCCUCAAAGCAAUUUUCGAGUUCAGCAGCUUUAUCAACUGACUCGAAAAAAGGAUCCUCCGGUUCUGAAAAAUCAUCGACGUCUCCUCCGCUGAAAAGUCUCACGCCACCUUCAGAUGAAUAAUUAUGAUGACUACUAACUUUUUCUUCUGUUUUGCAUGUUAUUUAAUCAUAUUGAGACAGAUCUCCCUACCUGAAAACGUGUUCUUUAUAACUUGCCGGGUGCCGAGUUUUUCACGGUUUCUGUCCAACUUGCGCAUUAAUCGCGCCCCGUAUUUGUUGUAUUUUAUAAAAGUUUCCCAGUUUCUUAUUAAA